UAUUUUUUUUUUUGUUUCUGACCAUUUCCAAUAUCGCAUCUUGGAAGGGAGCCCAAAAUGUCGACCACAGCUCAAAGGAUCAAGGACAUCGAAGAUGAAAUGAGCAGGACCCAAAAAAACAAAGCUACGGCUAAGCAUUUGGGUCUGCUCAAAGCUAAACUCGCAAAACUUAAACGCGAACUCAUCACACCAACCGGUAGCGGUGGUGGUGGCGGAGGUGUCGGUUUCGAUGUCUCUCGUACUGGUAUUGGUACUGUCGGUUUUAUUGGAUUUCCCUCUGUUGGUAAGAGUACCUUGAUGAACCAGUUGACUGGCACUCGUAGUGAAGCUGCAGCAUACGAAUUUACUACGUUGACAACUGUCCCUGGUGUUAUGCAGUACAACGGUGCUAAAAUUCAAAUUCUUGACUUGCCUGGUAUUAUUGAGGGUGCCAAAGACGGCCGUGGUCGUGGUAAACAAGUUAUUACAGUUGCUCGUACAUGCAACCUUAUUUUUAUCGUUUUGGAUGUUUUGAAACCCAUGUCUCAUAAGCGUAUCAUUGAGGAAGAAUUAGAAGGUUUCGGCAUUCGUUUAAACAAGGAUCCCCCGAACAUUGUCUUCAAAAAGAAGGAACGUGGUGGUGUUAACAUUACCAACACUGUGCCUCUUAAUCAUAUUGACAUGGACGAAAUCCGCGCUGUAUGCAGCGAAUACCGUGUUAACUCCGCUGACAUUGCCUUCCGUUGCGAUGCUACCAUUGAUGACUUGAUUGACGUUUUAGAAGGAAAUCGUGUCUACAUUCCAGCUCUCUACGUCCUUAACAAGAUUGAUGAAAUCUCUUUGGAAGAAUUAGACUUGAUUGAUCGUAUCCCCAACGCUGUUCCUAUCUGUGGUCAUAAGGGUUGGAACAUUGAUGAACUCAAGAGUACAAUGUGGGAGUACUUAAACUUGGUUCGUAUUUACACCCGUCCUAGGGGUCUCGAUCCUGACUACUCGGAACCUGUCAUUCUUCGUUCUGGUCACUCUAGUGUUGAAGAUUUCUGUAAUAACAUUCACUCCAGUAUCAAAAGUCAGUUUAAGCAUGCCUACGUUUGGGGUAAGAGCGUUCCUUAUCCCGGUAUGCGUGUUGGUCUUUCUCAUAUUUUGUUGGAUGAAGACGUUGUUACAAUUGUCAAAAAGUAAAACCUUACUAUCUUUCAACAUUUCGGCUCCUUCCUCAGUCUUUCAGUUUACCUUUUCCUGUUCUCCCUUUUAUCUUUUAGUGAGUCGUAUAUUUAAGCAAAAAAAGAAAAACUUUUUUUGUUUUAAAAAUUCUUUUGAACGUGUUAAUAUUUUCCAACUGGUGGUGUUUUAUAUAGGGUUUUAAUGUAUUGAAAAUUAUUUUUGUCUAUUCUCGUUGUCUACGUUUGUAAGUUUUAUCAGUAUA